UAUAGAAGACUCCUAUUUACUUGGAUCGUGUUCUGUUUAAGUCAACUGCGAGCCUUGGCGCAGCCGGGGGCUCAUGACAAGCACCUUGAGCUUCGCUUUGAGUGUGGCUACCAGAAACCAACCAGCUCGCUGCAGAUCUCAGAUAAGGAGGAGAUCCUGAAGACAGUGUGGCUCCAUUUUGUGUAUUUCCUCCCUCUUGCUGAGCUGCAACAGCUAAGGAAGGGAUUGAGGGAGACCCUCCAGCUGGAAAUUUUGAUGGUCCAAUACCCUGAUGACAUGCAUUCGUUCCUUGCCACCUCAAUUGCGUUUGAUGUUGAUGGUGGUGACCUCUUAGACUGGUUUGUGGCUAGCUACUCGGAAAGAGGAAGCAACAAAAGAAAGUCAGAGGAGGCUGUUUACCUCAUGUGGAGCAACUAUGUCAUGGAUUGCUCUGAUGGUGAUGAAUCAGGUGUGUCGAUUGGUGACAUUCUACAAUUUAUCUCUGGCUCUAGGAGGCUUCCAGCAGCUGGGUUUCCUUGUAUCCCUAGUGUCCACUUCACAAAUGAAAAGAUUCUCCCUAAGACUUCAACAUGUGACGUAAGCAUCACCUUUCCAAGAUCUUUUGACGAGCUGCCAUAUGAGAUGUUUAAGAAAAAAAUGGAUAUGAGCGUUUUGGAUUCUGCUGGUUUUGGUGGUGGUCCGUAGUUAGUAUAUAACAGUUCCAACUUUGACAUUUUAGCUGCUGUAUUACUUCAUUGUGUUCAUUCAUUCAUUCAUCAUCACAUUAUUCAUUCCUUUUUCAUUUAUUUAUUCAUUCUUUCAUUCAUUCUUAUCAUAAUUAUAAUAAUUGAAUAUUACAUCCAAAUA